UUUAAAAUAUAGUUAAAUAAAACAAUAAAAUAGUAAAUUAAAGUUAGAUGCACAUUUUAAAACGUUUUUUUUUUUUUUCCGUUUACUUGUCCAUUUUCUGAUUGCCUUCUUUGUUGUUUUUUGGGUUAUAUAAGCAACAUUUAUUUAUCUAUUCCAAGGAUAUAAACACAGCCAGAGCCAUCUCUACAUGGCUCUGGAUAUAAACACCUGAAGUUUUCCUUAAGUUUCCUAGCAACCGCAGACGCCGAGUUGUCACUGCCUGUAGAAAUUUUACCUCAGCUCUCCAGCGAUAAAAGUGCGACUGUUGUAAUGGACGCUUUAUCCGAAGCAAAGUCUAAACCACUUUCCACUCUGUCAGUAUUCAGCUUUAUACCACCCAGAAGGACAGAGCCCAAAGAAAUGCGUUAUUUCAACUGCAGCCCCAAGGCCCCAGAGAGGUCUCUAUAUGACUGUUUACAUCAGAGCACUGAGGGCUAUGAUAACAAACUCCACCGAGAUGACAGAGAGCACGCCAAAUCCCGGGGCCUGGACAUCUACAGUGAGGAAUCAUCUAGACCAACACCCGUUCUGUCCUCAUCAGUGUAUGGCCAAUAUUCUCCACUACAGUACAACUCAGGGAGGAGCUUUGCUCGUGUUGCUCACAUUCGUUCUGAUUUCUACAGCAAGAAUGGAAUCACCUGGACUGUGGAGGAAGGCUAUGGAUCUGUGACACCCGUCUAAACGUGUCUCUUACAUUUGGUCAUAUAUAUUUAUAUUUAUAUGGUCAUACAUAUAUAUAUAUAUAUAUAUAU